AUGGACUCUCCUAACGUUCCCCCCAUGCUGAGCUCUUUCAAGGUCGAGGGCCGUCCCGAUAUCAUCAUCGAUCUUUCCGCACCCGGUGCUGUUGAUCAUCUGAAGGAGAAGCCUUUCUCAAUCAAAGAGGGUGCUCAGUUCCGUAUGAAAGCUAUCUUCAAGGUUCAGCAUCAGAUCCUUUCUGGCCUGAAGUACAUUCAGGUUGUCAAGAGAAUGGGUGUCAGCAACAAAAUGCAGGAGAUGAUUGGCAGCUAUUCCCCCAACACUUCUGAUAAACCCCACUACGAGAAGAAGUUCGAACCUGAGGUGGCUCCUUCGGGAAUGAUCGCUCGCGGCCACUACACGGCCGUUUCCAAAUUCAUUGACGAUGACAACCAGACGCAUCUCAAGUUCGAGUGGGCGUUCGACAUCAAGAAGGACUGGUAG